GGGAGUAGCGGCGGUGAAGUGGCGCGAUCAGAUGCUGAGUGAACAGGAGAAGAGCGACGAGAAGUGGAGCGACCGGAAACGGAGAAGGAUGAAGAGGCCGAAGCCGCGAGUUCCGCGUCGCGGAGGGCUGCCAGGUAGUCGCACGUGGAGGCGGAGCGACGCCGCGCGUCGCGUCGUGCCACCGACGCCGAGCGUCCUGCCCCCAAAGCCUCGGGUGGGGAGUCGUGGUGAACGCAGUUCUCGACGGAUCACCGAGAAGGUGUAACGGCGUUGUCGUUGUCGUUCGCGAAUCGCGACGAACCCUUCGCGAAGCCACGUGAUCAACCUUAUCGUCGGUUAUCAAAGUCGUCGAAAUCGCUCGCUCCAGUUCUAUCUCACCCCUAGCUCGAGAAACGCUACCAGACCUAAACGUACAUCAAUUAGAAUAGCCAAACUCCACAGUCCUAAUCGCGAUGCCCAAACGGGGAGCAUGACUGAUCGACCCUCCGAUGCUGACAGGGGAUCGACCCGAGAGUCUCGAUCGGCUUGAAUCUCUCACCCGUGUGUCUACGAUCUUAUCUCUUCCGAAUGUGAUUGGUGCUUUUCUCGUUUCGUUCCUCGUACGAUAAGGAUCCUGCGCGCCGGACGCGAGCGUGCGUUGAGUUUCUCGUCGCUUUUCGUUGAUUGUUUCCUGUAUACGCGACCUUGCUUUGUUUCUUUAGCAUCGUUAGAGGGUGUUACGGACUUGGACAUGCUGGGGAGGCGCGGUUGAUCGGACACGUGAUUCUUGUGCGGUACUCGUGGACGGGCGUCGUGCAGUGUCUAAAGGUGUUGAAGGUGCUUCUGGAACCAAUGACGGGAUAAGCAUGACACCGUUGGUGGGCUAGGUGACGUCGUCAAUCCGGGGAGCUUCGGGGUCGAGGAGAUCUUAGAUAAGGCAUGCUAUGCGUCAGGAGACCGGAAACAGAGGUCCCCACGGAAGAUGACAGGGUUAAGUAGAUAAAAGGAGUAGCUGGUUCCAUCGACGGACGAUUCAUCGCGUUUCCCAUGCAGUGCACGAUGCUCUGCCAUCGCGCCCUUGUCGUUCUCUUUGCUGUCAACGUGCCAAUCGUGACGGGGCUCGAGCCAGACUUCGUUUACCCGUUGGAGAACGUAACGAUCCCGCAGGGUCGAGACGCUACCUUCACCUGCGUGGUGAGCAACCUCGGUGGAAACCGGGUGAGUCCUUCCUCCUCCGCGAGCGGAGAUCACUCAGGCAGCGCCAAGGCCCGGGUGGCGUGGAUCAAAGCGGACACCAAGGCGAUCCUGGCGAUUCACGAGCACGUGAUCACGAACAACGCGCGUUUAUCGGCGACUCACAAUGACUACAACACGUGGACGUUGAACAUUCGCGGGACACGCCGCGAGGAUCGAGGGAUUUACAUGUGCCAGGUGAACACGAAUCCCAUGAAGAGCCAGAGCGCAUUUUUGGAAGUGGUGAUACCGCCUGACAUAAUAUCCGAAGAAACCUCGAACGAUCUAAUGGUACCCGAGGGUGGAUCUGCGAAAUUGGUGUGCAAAGCUCGCGGAUAUCCAAAACCUGAUAUCAUCUGGAAACGAGAAGAUGGCGCCGAGAUCAUUUCCCGCGCUGCACUCACCGGUGGGAAAACAAAAAUAGCCAUCGCCCAGGGUGAAACGCUGAACUUGUCGAAAGUAACCAGAAGCGAGAUGGGCGCAUACCUGUGCAUCGCAAGCAACGGAGUACCGCCAUCAGUCAGCAAACGGAUGAUGCUGCACGUGCACUUUCACCCGAUGGUUCAAGUACCGAACCAGCUAGUUGGCACACCAAUUGGUACCGACGUCACGCUGGUUUGCCUCGUGGAAGCUUCCCCAAAGGCCAUUAAUUAUUGGACACGCGAAUCAGGUGAAAUGAUAAUUACAAAUAACAAGUACAACAUGUCGGAGAAGAAGAUAACCGUGUACAGCGUUCAAAUGCAACUGGUGAUCCUAAAUGUGCAGAAGCAAGAUAUAGGUGGUUACAAGUGCAUCUCGAAGAAUUCGAUCGGCGAUGCUGAAGGCAACAUUCGACUUUACGACAUGGACCUGCCGAAGCACUCGAAGAAAAUUGGCGAUCGUCGAGGGGACAUCGACGGCCAGGAAUCGAUCGGCGAUCGAGAUCACAGACUGAAUAACGUGUACCAGGGUUCCUUGCGGGAAACGGGGUCAACCUUGGAACCAUUUUUCGACGGUGACGGCGCAUCCGCAUCGUCGUACGAAACUCUACCAUCCGCCACUUGUAUCCUUCUGAUAGCAUCGUGCCACCUGUUUGCUUUGACGUAAGAGAAAAGAAUGUUAAGAUGCGCCAGACGAGCGAAACGAGGCGUCUACUUCUAAGACGAGAGCUAAUGGUUGUUUUUAUCGUGUCGAUGACUGACGAACUCUUUGCUGCGUUAACCGAUCGAUAGUGAAAGAAACCAAGUCGAUUGAAAGUAUCGUUUUGUGUGAUUCUUAUCGAGAUUAUAUCAUUCAUUUGAUAUUCCAUCGAUGAUACCUGGUCGUAAUGUUAAAUUAUUCUUGUAAGAAAUUUGAUUAAGUUCAAAAUUUAGUUUGAACAAUUUAUUCGGGGCAGUUAUUCUUUUUUUUAUGUCGAGAUAUUCUUAUCGUUCUUCGUAACGAGGAAAGGAUAUUUGUAUAAUCUAGUUGUAUAUCAUAUUUUGUUUGAGCUUUGUAUUGUUUCUAACUGCAUAAUCUGUUGUAUUUGAUUCAAUUUUUUUUUUUCAAAUUUUAUGUUAAAAUGUAGCGUAGUUUAUGUACGUUUAUUAUGUUAAUUAAUUUUGUUAAUUUUAUUGUUAUUCGUUGACGCAAUAAAUUUUUUAGAAUCGUAUAAUUUGACGGAGUUUUGUUUUGUGUUGACUACCCUCCGAGGAAAAUAAACAAAUUUAAAUUAGAAGGUGUAAGAAAGUUUUGAUAUCUCACCCCAAACAAUUUUUGGAUACUUUUUUCACGGCGCCAACGUUGGAAAUAUGUAAACGGCACGCACGUAACCUUUCCUGUGUGCACGACGGCUUAGCAAGUAAUGAAUUUGAAUUUUUCCAUUGCCAGAGUGAACGUUUUUAUCUCCCCCCAAUUAAGGAGACACGUCUCGUUAGAGCAAUUUUACCAUCCACCUGUUACUCGGUAAUCUACUUGACCCGUGUGCAAAUCCACACUUCAAUGCAGCACUCGUGAUCUUUCAGCGAAAGAAUGAGACCGAAGAGAAUAUUUUAAAGUGGUUUUAAAUAUACCAGGUGUUACAUAAAUCGUUAAUUUAUUGUAGUUACUUUGAUAAUGAAUAUAAUUGAUUAGGUUUCUUUCGAGUUAAAUUUCAGGGUCGAGUGCGUAUCAAAUAACAUACGAAACGAUUAGAAAUAACUUAUCCAAAGAAAACGCUUUAUAUUUAACAUUUCUUAAGGUACGUACUACAACUUUCAGAAUUAGAAUAGAACACAUGAAAUAAUAGAGAGUUGUAGAAAACAAAAUUAAAAAAAAUGUUUGAAGUGCCAAGGGUUAAUGUCGCCUCCCCAAUCUUUCAUUUUCGAAUCAUUAAUCCUCAGCCAGCUUUCGAAAUUUAAAGCCAACUUCGAACGAUUUACACUUAGCUUAAAAAAAGUUUGACGAAUAGACCCACAUUAACUUUUAAAGCGAGAGUAUCCCUCGAGCGCACUCGUCCGAUUUCGUUUAUUGGUAGAGGUAAACGAUACCUUGUUUAUUCAGAUUAAAGCGAUCGACGUUUACAACGCCAUCCACGGCAACGGCAUUAUAAACCGCGAACGUGAAAUUAAUAUUCUAACGAAUAUCGGAGAAACGUAACGGUAACGAAGAUCGUCGCGAAUCUCGUCGUGUCGAACAAGUCCAACGCGCGAUUGUCCCUAGGCUUAACGAGAUAUCUCGUUAGCACUGCAUGUUCGACCGUGGUCUCUCUUUCUCUCCCUUUCUCUCUGUUCAACAUGGACCGUCGAUUGUCUGAUCUGUUGCAAUGAUAGAAUUAUUAAACCCCCAGACACGGUUUUUAUUUCCGACACUCUUCCCAUCUCGUGUAUCUCUGUUCUUCUUUCGCUCAUUCUGUUGACGUGACGCAUUAUUACGAUCGCUGACGAGAGUAUCAGCAAUCUUGAUAAAUAUACACGUCGGUGUAAUCCAGUUACGUGAACGUUGCUCGUCAUCCCGCGCAUUUCUUUCGCGUUAUUAAUGAAAAUCGGGGAAUCGAUAACGUUCUGGACAUGGAUGAUCAAAACGGAGAACUUUUUAUGGGAAUUAUUCCGAAGCAUCUUAUUGUUUCUUAACAUAAAUAGGAUAAUUUUGUAGCUGGUCCAUUGAUUGAUGUUAAUAAUGGAAUAUUAAUUGCAGAGGUUGUUAAAAUUUAAGAGAUUUUGUUUAUAUGAAUAUCUUGUGCACUAUACUUGUGACGUAGGUAUCAUCGAAGGAGAAUUCUACUUUUAUUUGAAUGACUUUUGGUACGAAAUAAUCCAUACAUAUCCAUACAUAUCCCUGAUUCAUUAUAGGUACUAGUAUGCUUUUACAUUUUUAAGCAACGGUUAGGAGAACACAAGUCUCGAGCGAUCGUUAGAUUUGUAUUAAACGCUGAGAAUUGUACAACUGGAUUGCGUUUACGGUAAUCGUUACAAGCCGAAAACGAAUUAUUAAUUCCAAAUGGAAUCGUUUGCUUGCUGAUUUUCAAUAUUUCGUUUUAUACUUUUGAAUUAGCGCGAAAAGGAAUUUAUUUCACCUAAGAAAGAAAUAAACAAAGAACGAAUUGUACAGACGCAAGCAACGAUCAAAGGCGAAACAUUUCCGUCUCGCAUCUACUUGAAUUUCAGCUUAUCUCGGCGCGCGAGAAUUAUGCAAAUCGCAAUCGAGUCGCUUGUAACAAUAACGAUAAACGCAACCUCGCGAAGAUGUAUAAUUAUUCAUUCGGCGUGCGGACUCGUUUUGCACCCAUUACCGCGAAAAUCCACACUCCCCCUCGCCCCUCCUCCCCCUUAGCCACGAAAACGGUACAGAGUCGAGCGAGCGCAAAGUCGUUAAUUAAAGUUGUCUCCCGUGCUUUCGAUACUGCUCUGUCGGUACGCAUGCACGCAGAAUGCCCGCGUUGUUCGUAUAUGAGACGAGCUUCCAUCGUGACCGUGGCGUAAAAACAAAGUAAAACGAGAAAAAGGAGGAAUUACCUGAAGCUAUCGUAAGAAACGUAUUCCUUUGCUUUUGCAACAACAACAAAACGAGUAAAGAAAAAAAAAAACGACACCGGUAUCGUCGAGUAUCGAUCUCCGCGAAUCACGAAUCACGGGUGACUGCGAACGCGCGUGCAUGGGUGUGUGUAUGUGUGUAUGCGUGCGUGGGAGUACGUUUCCGCGGUUAUAUACAUGUAAUCUUAUAAAAUAUACGUACGAGUCGUACGUAGAAAAGGUGCGAGCAAUCGUGUGCGUUUGUGUAAAUAAACUAUUUUUGGCAUUUUUGGUUACAUUUUUGCAUUCAGGAAUUACUGUAGUCGUUUUAGUGAAGCGAAUUAGGAAUCGUUUGAUCGGUACGAUGGUUUUGAUAUUGGAUAUUGGAAAAGUAGAUUUUAGUUUCGUGACAGCAGUGUCGUUGGAUCGUUUGUUUUUAAGAUAUUCUAUCUUUGGUUAUAUAAUGGAAGUAGAUUUAAUUUAAAAUUGUGAGCAUUUUUUUCCGAAUAAAUAUUCUAUAUUAAAUAUAAAUAUUUUCUCUAUAUUAACUUGGUAUUUUUGCUACAUAAAUUUAAUUUGUUCUUAUAACCAGCAAAAGUAUUAAAACCUCAAAGCAAACGAUACGUUAUAAUCUUAUUAGUUUGAUCUAAUUUUACGAUAGUUUUCGUUGUAUUAAUUGUGAAAUCUUACGUUUCACUGAAAGUUUGAACAAUUAGCGAAUUAGUAAAAACUAACACAUUUGAAAUUUAGGGGCUAUCGGUCACAUUCUAUCGAAACUUCAAUCACUGACCAAACUAAAUUUUAGUCCACUGUUAAUUUUUAACGCCUACACUGUAAUUUCAGAAUGACACCAGUCAAAAUGUUGCCUAAAACCUACCUACUUAAGUAUAUUUUAAGGACCACUGAUUUAACACCCGAUGAUCACGAAAUUUUUAUAUGAAUCACUAUACAUCAACCACCGGAGGAUAACGCGAAAAAGAAAGUGAAAAGAUUGCUCGUCUCACCUAUUUGAAAGAACGUGCCAAAUACGUGUGAAUUUUGGGGAAAAUACGUUGCGUUUUAUUUAUCAGAUACAUAUAUAUAUAUAUAUACAUACAUAUAUUUUUCGUCCUUUUAUUGGCGUUUGCAUUCGCUUCGAAUGUUUUUGAUCGACGUCGAACAGCACGGUGUCCGAUCAUAAAUAUUUGCAAUGCUGUUGCGUACGUAUUAUUCCUUAUAACGCGGCCGCGAAUUAACAAAUGCAAUGUUUACAACAACGUACGACAAGUGUUACUUCACGACUCGGUGACGAGCCAAUGAGUAACACGCGCCGUAUUUGAAUAUUUUGUAUGAACAGCGCGACUAAUUCGUAGCGGUGUUUUGUUUUAUUUGGAAGUUGAGGUGUAAUCAACUCCAGCUUCUAUAAAUUGUUCAACUUGUUCGGGAUGGAAUUUUUUUUUUCACCAAGAAAAUAUUUUACUCGUUAUUUUUCUACGUCAUGGAGGAUCAUUAUUAAAUUCAGAAUAUUUUUAUUUUUAUUGCAUUGGAAAGGUGAGACUCAAUUAUUUAGUUGGAUGAAAAUAGAAUCGUUCAAAGUGGUCGUCGAUUGAAAACAAUUGAUAUCAAAUUAUCGAAUUUUGUGAAAGGAUAAAUAUUCAAGAGUUCGAGACUCGAGAUAGAAAAUUCGAUAAUUUGAAAACAUAGAAAUGGGAAAAUUUUAGGACCUUGCAAGUUUAACUAUCCCAGAAAUUCGAUAUUUUAAACUUCACAAAUUUUUAAUGUUUGGGACGUUGAAGAUUAAAAAAUUCGAUUAUUAAGAUGUGGGUAUAUUACAAUUCUGAGAACUUAAUAGUUUUAGACUUGAUAGAAGCUUUUCAGUGAGUUGGUAAUUUCGUAUAAUUUCUGAAUUUUCUAAUUCCACGAUUAGACCAUCCCGAACGAGUUAGAUGCUUGCAAUUGUACGAAAUUCGAAUCCCAGCCGCGAGCGUGUCGUUUGAGUGAUUUACAAAAGUGGGUCGAUGACAACUACGAAAAGAAGUCAUGCAUUUAUGUGUAGAUUGUGUAAAAUACGGAAUAGGAUGAAAUGAUAUUAUUGAAAUUAUUGGAUUGUUGAAUGUAGGUGUUCACCACGGUUAUAUAAUAUAUAUAAAUAUGUAAUAGAACGUAAGUUAUAAAUACAAAGAGAAAAUCAAAUAAUAAUUAAAUCGGCCUUCCACGUUUCGGUGACACGAAUGCAAGUAUUAAUAUUCGUAGAAUGCCGUGGGAAAUCACUUCGAAACUUUAAAAAUUACCCAAAGCAACAAGAAAUGAAAAGAAUUAUCACGGCAGCCUGGUGUACAUCAAAUUUCUAUUCGUUUAUCGUUAAAAAAUUUAAUUAAAUUCAUCUGAAUGAUAAUUGCUGUAGCAAUUCCCUGGCAAAUGUAAUUGUUUCCAUUUCGUGGCAACAAUAUAAUACUUUCGUUCGCAAAAUUAACGUUACUGUCAAACGUGCAGGCGAAGGAAUGUAUAUUUGUGCUUAGAAGAAAGAAUCGUGUCGGGAAUGUAUUGUAAAAUAUUCUAAUACGUCACUCAGCUGUUAAUGGUUCCACGAGGAUGUAAAUACUUCCGUUGACGAGUCAUUCGGUUUGGCCAUUGAAAGGAUCGGAUGGAAAUCUUGGAUUUUGAAUGAGAUACCUGAGAAAUCGCAAGAGAAACACCCGAGUACAAAAGUUGAGAACAAGGUACGUCAUGCGAUCACAUACUUUUAAUUAUAGUUGGUACAUUUAUUUACUAUAAUCUUUUGUUAGUUUCUCGGUAAUUGUUAUUAUUUUUCAUAAAGAUCGGAAACGUGAAGUGGUAAAAAGUUAAAUAAUUUUGUUGUACGUUUAUAACAACUGCAAUAUUUAAAAAUAUAAAAGUACCACGCUGAUCUUAUUACGUUAAUAAGUAAGAGAAAUUGAUGAAGUUUUUACUUGUUUGUAGUAAUGUUUGUUAUAAAGUUCAUUGAAAAGUCUACGUAAAGUAUAAUUAUUUAUAUUAAUUUUGAUUUGGCCUCACUUGCAUAUCGGAAAGAUACUUUCUCGAAAUUCCCACGAUCAUUUUGAAUCGAUUUUGUCAACCGUGUGAAUUCUACUGACUCGGAAGCGAUUUUCCCUGCUUGAAAAUUUCAUUUCACGCGAGAUUAGUAACGGUAGAUUUGUUAAGAAGCGAAACUAGUAGUUCUCGACGCGUAUCCGUGUGCCGAUUUGUAAACGACGACGAAAACAAAGAAAAAAUUAUGACAAUUAAGGAUGCGAAAGUGGAUAGCCUUUUAUGAUGGACGAUCGAAUCGUCCUCUCGUGCGAAUGGUCUGGCCUUAAUAUAUAUUUUGCAAUAUAUAUAUAUAUAUACAUACAUAUAUAUAUAUAUAUAUAUAUAUAUAUAUACAUACAUUAUUUACGUAAACGAGGGACAAAAUGAAAUGGAGGCGUUUCUCCUAUUGUGAAUACGAUCAUAGUUUCCUCGAGACGGAUGUGUUUGAAGAUUACGGCGCAUCGCACACUGUACAAUAAUCACGCGCAUACACAUGUUAUAUACAAAAUACAUACCUAUAUAUAUUAUACAUAUAAUAUAAUAUAAAUAUGAGUAACGAUAUGCAUACCUGCGUCGGUGUCAUUAAAGUAAUGUUCCGUGUAACGCGAUUACGAUAACGGAAACGUUGUACUAAGCCUACUUAUGACUUUAUCGCACUGCUGGUACCAACGGAGAUAAUUAUACGAAACCGAAUAAAGAGACGAUUA